AUGCAGAUUCUUUAUGAAGACUCACAGACCUCAGAGAACAAGCUUACACCAGCAGAAGGUGCUGCUGAAGAUGCUUCUGCUGACCCAGCAGCCGAGAUGUGUGUAGGGGCUUGUAGGUCACAACCGGGACCAUGGAGUCAGUCCUCCGUAGCUGGAGAACCAGGGCCCUCAGAGAGCCAGGCUGAGGUCUCAACAGAUGAUGUCAGUCAAGCUUCCUUGGUCACCCUGUGGGAAGAACCACCACCAUCACCUCUUUCACCACCACCUGUAGCGCUCUGUUGGGAUGAUGAGCCAGUUAUGGAGGGAGAGGUUCCACCUUAUGUAGAGCAGUUUCCACAAAAAAUCAUCAUUCCCUUCAUAGACCGAACAGCUUAUCUGGUAAAGAUUGAACAGCCGCUAACGGCAGGGGGGGGGGGAAGGUCAGGGCUCAAGCGCUACAACCUUAGGGCCACCUGCUGA